AUGAUAAACGCUCAUUCAACAUCUUCCAGUGGACAUUGGCUUCUCAAAUCACUUGGAUAUAGUAGCAUCAUGUCUGACUUAUCCAGUAAAGCUGACCUGGAAAUCAGUUCCACAGGUGAGACAAUUGAAAAUGCUGUUCGAAGGGAAGUAGAAGAGGAAAGUGGAGUUAAAGUGGGCCGUGUUGAGUAUGUCUCUUGUCAGCCAUGGCCAAUGCCCUCCUCCCUAAUGAUUGGAUGCAUAGCAGCUGCAGUGUCUACCGAAAUUAAAGUUGACAACAUUGAAAUAGAAGAUGCCCGCUGGUUCAGUAGAGAACAGAUAAUAGAGAUCCUCAACAAAAAGAACCAAAAUAUUUUUGUGCCACCAUAUCAGGCCAUCGCUCAUCAGCUGAUAAAACACUGGAUUGGAAUGAAUGCUAAUCUUUAAAUUCAGCAAGCUAAUAUUUGCAUUGCAUUAUAACUGCAUCUUUUAAGAUAAAAUUAAACUUAAUAUAAUUAUAGUAGUAAUUUUAGAUUUUCAAUUCUUUCAUUCCCCACACUCCUGUAAUUAUUCCCUGUAAUAUUUAUACUUAACAGUUCUUUUGACAAAUUUUAUCAAAUGUUGCCUAGUUUAUUGAUAAAUAGGCUCAUAAAAGCUUAUUUUAUUAGGAAAUAAGCUGGGUGUUUUCCGAGCAAGCACUGUACAUAUAGUACCUAUGAUAGCCUGAUUAGAACCGUUGACCUACAAAAGUUUUUUUUUAAUGCAGUUAAAAUUUUAAAUGAGAAGUGUCAAAAAAUCUCAUAAACCAAAUCUUACAAAAUCUCUACAUUGUUACCCAAGCUCACAUGAUUUUUUGAGGGGAGGAGGCUCAUAAAAUUGCAUACCUGAAAUGAUUUCUUAUGCCUAGUAUAAAAUAUUAAGUAGCAUUUUAUCAUUAGUUCAUUAAACGCUGCAAAAUUGUAAAUAUAGUAUCAGUAUAAUAUUCUUACUAAUGUACUAUGCAAUUCUUAAAACAAAAUUGUAAAAAUCCUAUUAGAAGAAUAGACAUUGCAUUACCAAUGCGAACUAAAAUCUCAUUCUUGUAAGAAGCUUGCUGUGUUUUGCACAGCGUUACCAUUAGCAUUACUAAAUCAUAAAGUUAUAAUUUUGGAUUUCUGGAUAUAUUUGCAUUAAGCAGGUUCCUACGUUUCUCCAACAUACCAGAUUAAGAAUUGUUCUAAAUGUGUCAUCAAUAUUACAUUAAUAUUAUUAACUGUUUAAAUUGAGAGAAGUUUGGAAUUAGCAAGCUGACUUUUGGCUUUUUUGUCCCCUGGAGCUCUUUAAUAAAGUCUUUCUAAACCCUU